AUGUUCGAGGGGACCAACAUUACACAAGAUACCUUCUACUUCAUCCUCACUGGCAUCCCAGGAUUUGAGGCUUACCACAAGUGGAUCUCCAUUCCCUUCUUCUGUCUCUACACCAUCUCCAUCAUGGGGAACACCACCAUUCUAUCUGUCAUCCGCAGAGAGCCAUCUCUCCAUCAGCCCAUGUACCUAUUUCUUUCCAUGCUGGCCUUGACUGACCUGGGUCUGACCCUUACCACUCUGCCCACAGUCAUGCAACUUCUCUGGUUCAAUGUUCAGACUAUUAGUUUUGAAGCAUGUUUUGCACAGUUAUUUUUUAUGCACACAUUCUCCUUCAUGGAAUCUUCUGUCUUGCUAGCCAUGUCUUUUGAUCGCUAUGUGGCCAUCUGCCGUCCUCUGCAUUAUGCCACCAUUCUCACUAACAACGUCAUUGGCAAGAUAGGAAUAGCCAUCAUUUUCCGCUGUGUUCUGGCUGUUCUUCCCCCCCUUUUCUUACUUAAGCGCUUGCCUUUCUGCAGGUCUCACCUUCUCACUCACUCCUAUUGUCUUCAUCCAGAUAUGAUUCACUUAGUUUGUGCUGACAUCCGUAUUAAUAGUUGGUUUGGGUUGGCUCUGAUUUUGCUCAUUACCGUGUUGGACCCUCUGCUCAUAGUGCUGUCCUAUGCAAUGAUUUUGAAAAGUGUCCUGGGAGUGGCCUCUGUGGCUGAGAGACUUCGGGCUCUGAAUAACUGUCUGUCCCACAUUCUGGCUGUUCUGGUUCUCUUUGUUCCCAUGGUUGGAGUAUCUGUGACCCACCGCUUUGCUAAGCAUACAUCUCCACUGGUUCAUGCUAUCAUGGCCAAUAUCUAUCUGUUGGCACCCCCUGUCAUGAAUCCUAUCAUAUACAGUGUUAAGACUAAGCAAAUCCAGCAAGGAAUUAGGCGUUUGUUUUUCAAAAGAAAUAUUCAUGUAAGAUGA